CCGUUAAAAAGAAAUGAUAAUAUAACCUAGAAAUUAAACAAAUUUGAUUAUUAUUAAAAUGACUUCUUUAUUAAAGAAUUCAAUAAAAUUAUUUACCCAAUCAAUGCAAUUGGGAAUUUAUCGUCAAAUUUCUAUAUUCCCCGCAUUACGGCUUAAAGAAAUAAAGGAAACAAAAGUUGGAAAUGAGUUAGUCAUAGAAGGAGUUCAAAUCCCAUCACCAAGAGAACAAUAUUUAGUUAAAAUACCUGAGAAAGAUGCAUGUCCUGUAUGCUCAUUGAAUUUAAAUGUAAAACAUACUGAUGUGCUUAUCCUAAGUCAAUUUGUUCGAUCUGAUGGAUGUAUGCUACCGAGACGAAUUACCGGAUUAUGUAAAACACAACAGAAACGUAUUGGAACUAUGGUUACGAUGGCUCAAAAAGCAGGUUUAAUGCCAAAUUUAGCACCCGCCAAUAGUAAGAAAGAUCCAAAACAACGUUACAGAUGGAAAAAAUGCAAUACCUAUUUCGAUGAAAAUACUAUUGGACAGAAGAAGAAAGUUGAAAAGAAAAGAUGGUGAAAAUGUUAUUAAACAGAUAUUGUUUGUAUAUUAA